UAUAUCAUAUUUAAACCAAAAUCAAAAAGGGCAUGGCGUUGACCAAAAAGGGUUUUGCUGUUGGAUCGGAUAAGCUUCGAAAAAAGAAGAGAAAAUGGCAACACCCUCCAAAUUAUACAGCGGCUGCUCUCUGUUAAUGGGGUUUUUGUUUGCUUAUUCCACAGCUGUUCAGUUUAAUGAUCCUGAUUGGUAUUUAUGGGUUCCACUUUAUGGUUGUGCUUGUGCUGUGAAUCUUCUCAAAUGGUAUGUCUCCAUAGAAGCCAUGAAACAUGUUGCUAAGGCAACAAUGGGAUUUGGAAUAUGUUUGUGGGUGAAGGUGGUAGCAGAGGAUUAUAUGAAUGGUAUUGCAGGUUUUCUCUCUCUAGAUUUAAGUGAGAGAGUGGUGAGGGAGAAAACAGGAAGUGGGUUGGUUGUGUGUUCCAUGAUUUUACAUCUGAUAGCUGCAUCAUCAUCAUCAUCAUCAUCCACAAGAAUUCACAGAACAAGUAAAAGUAAAAGAGAGUUUCCAAGAUAUCUCACAUAUGGUAAUGCUAUAGCUCAUUCUUCACUUUUUUGUUUCAAGACAGAUUUCUGUUGUUUAAAUUUCAUUUUAGUCCUUCCUGAAUGUUGCAUUAAUAACUAUUUGGUUAAAAUACUAUUUGUUGUUCAGUUCUAAUCCCCAUAAAAUUGAUCGUUUAAAUACGUGAACCAAAAUGAUAUUUUAUUCGAACUAUUUUAAUCUUUGGUAUAAGCUAUGAUAAAUUAGAAAUUUAUGUUCUGUUUUUAAGCCUAAAGGAUGCUUAUAAU